AUGAUUUAAAAUUUUGAUUUAAAAGUCGAAAUUCAGAAGUAUCAAUUUAAACAUUCAUUAUUAUUGGAAGUAUUAGUUAAUAAUGAGAAAAAGAUUUAACCAUAAACAUUUUUAGAUGUAAACAUAAUUAUUGAUAUAUAUAAAGAUCAUUCAAAAUUACAAUAAUUCUCAGAUUGAUGAUCUCAAAUUCAUUAAGGAAUAUAAUGAUUAUCUAUAUAAAAAUGAAUUAUCCAUUUAAGAUUCAUAUAUAGUUUAUAAUGAAGUUGUUCAUAAGAACUUUGAUAAAAUUGAAUUAUAAAUUAGAAAGAUAAUAGAUAUGUUAUCAUUGAUACAUUAAUAAAUAAAUAUAAAGAUUAAGCAAUUGGAAUAAUAUGAGGAGAUUUAUAUAAUGUUAGAUGAUGAAAAAAUUGGAUAUCUUUGUGAAGAUUAAGUGUUAUUUUUAUUUUUUAGUUUAUUUUUAAUAGAGAAACCAAUAGAAUAGAAUAUUGAUAUAUAUGCAUGUUUCAAAUCAUUUUGGUUUGGGAUAUAAUAAUAUAAUAAAGUAAUUAUAAUGCUGUAAAAAUUAGGUAUCAUUUAGAACUUUCAAAUAGUUUUUGUUCAAAUAAAAUUACAAUUCUAAUAUUAUAAUAUAAAAUUUAAAUAGAAUUUUAACCAUGUUUGAAUUGGAAAAAGUUCCGAAUAUUAGAAUGGACAUUUUAAAGUAUUUAUCAGGAAAAUAUCAUUAUGAUAAUAUUAUUGAAAUAGCUGUAGAAUUAUUGAUAAUAUUACCUAUUGAAUAUGCUAAUGUUGAGAAGAUCAACAAAGAAAAUGAGGAAAAUUUAUUCAUUUCCUCUUUUAUAAAAUUAUAUCAUUUAGCAAUAAUUAAGUAAUAAUUAAUUUAAUUUAAUAUGUAUAUAGAGAAAUUUAGACAAAGUUUUAUGGGAGAGUAAAUUUAAUCACAAAUAAUUGAAUAAAAAGAAAGAGAUUAAAAUUGGUUUCACAGAACAUUUAUUAAAAAUAGUCAUAGAAUAAAGUAACAACAAAACCAACCAAAAACUAUUAAUGUUGAUCUAACUAUAUUUUCAAAAGAAUCCCCAACAAAAUAACGUUAAAGAAAAGAAAUGUAUAAGUGA